CUCGCCGCCCCUCUUCUCCUCGCCAGCAGCUCAGCAUCGACCAUGGCGCACCGUCCGGCCUCCAGGAGUGUCAUCAACAGGCUUCUCUAUGCUGCACAGCACAGCGCAUGUCCGUGCCAUGGUUGCCGCGGUGGAGGCGCGCACAACCCCUUGCAGGCCUUGAACCAGAUGAGGAAGUUCGCGACGCCGGUGGACGCCCCUCCGAUCGAGAAGGAGUAUGCCUUCGAGGUCGCAGCAUCUAACUUGCGGUUCGGCGAGGGAGUGACGCGGGAGGUUGGGAUGGACUUGAAGAACCUGAACGCGCGAAAGGUUGCCGUCUUUACGGACCCCAUCGUGUCGAAGCUGCCGCCCAUGAAGAUGGCGAUCGCGUCAUUGGAGCAGCAGGACGAUUUGCCUUUUGUCGUCUAUGACCGGGUCGUAGCAGAACCGACCGAGGCAAGCUGGCGUGAUGCCAUCGCUUGGUCGCGGGAACAGGAUUGCAGUCAUUUCCUUGCAGUCGGAGGUGGAAGCGUCAUGGACACUGCGAAGGCCGCCAACCUGUUCACCGUGUAUAAGGACGCUGACCUGUUUGACUUCAUCAAUGCUCCCGUCGGAAAAGGACUGCCAAUCACGCAGACCCUCCGGCCACUCAUCGCAGUGCCAACCACCGCGGGGACUGGCUCGGAGACGACAGGGACAGCUAUCCUAGACAUCACUUCCAUGUCGUUCAAGACUGGUAUCGCCAACCGUGCGAUGAAACCCAUGCUCGGUAUCGUUGACACUAUCAACACGCGGUCAUGUUCAAGAGAGUUGCACAUCAGCUCUGGGUUGGACGUUCUCUUCCAUAGCUUGGAGAGCUAUACGGCAAUUCCCUACACUGAACGUAUGCCACGACCCAAGAACCCCAACCUUCGCCCCGCAUACCAGGGUAGCAACCCUGUCGCAGACAUCUUCUCGAUGUGGGCGCUACAGACGACCGUGAAGUGGCUGCCGAGGAUCUCCAAGGACCUGAACGACUUCGAAGCCAUGCGUCAGAUGGCACUCGCUGCUUCGUUUGCCGGCAUCGGUUUCGGUAACGCUGGUGUGCACUUGUGCCAUGGUAUCAGCUAUCCGAUCUCUGGACUGAACAAGGCGGGCCCGAAGUACAAGCACGCUGGGUACAACGUCGACCACCCGAUCAUCCCCCACGGCGUCAGCGUCGCCCUCACCGCACCCGCCGUCUUCCAAUUCACCGCGCCCUCCUCUCCCUCGCGACAUCGCGAGGCGCUCGCCGUCUUCCUGAACACCACCCCAGCAGACCCGAGCAUCUCCGCGAUCCCCGACGCCGAUAUCGGCGCGCACCUGUACGAGGCGAUCGCGCGGUUCCUGGACAACCUCGGCGUGCCUCGCGGCCUGAAGGCGGUGGGGUACACGAAGAACGACGUGCCGAGUCUGGUGGAGGGGACGAUCCCGCAGAGGAGAGUGCUCGACUUGGCGCCGGGCAUCGGCGAUAUCGCGGGCGCGGAUGGCAGAGAACACUUGACGCACAUCAUUGAGAGGUCGCUCGAGUACUGAGCGCAUGUACUGUGUACUAGCAUACAGGACCACCUAGCAGUUGUAUAGUAGUUGAUAUGCACACGACCGUUACAGGAAUACAUAACACAAGGUGAUGAGCCUAUCAAA